UGACAGUGGAAACGCUGUAGAUUCCGAACCAUUCUGACUGGCUUCAUGACAGGUUAUGGUGGCGUUUACAUGUGUGUUACGUUAAGGAGACGCGGUCGGGUUUCGAAAUGAUUGUGACGAGGGUAUUACAGCGUGGGCUGUCGACAGUCAGGGGCUCUCGGUCUAUACACCACAGUGCAUCAUGGAGAAGCCCCCUCAUUCCCAUUGUUGUGGAACAGACGGGGCGAGGGGAGCGUGCCUAUGACAUUUAUUCCAGGUUACUGAGGGAAAGGAUCAUCUGUGUGAUGGGGCCGAUUGAUGACUCUGUGGCCAGUCUGGUAAUCUCUCAGCUUCUCUUCCUCCAGUCAGAGAGCAACAAUAAACCCAUUCACAUGUAUAUCAACAGCCCAGGGGGUGUGGUGACGGCGGGCCUGGCCAUCUACGACACCAUGCAGUACAUCCUUAACCCCAUCUCCACCUGGUGCGUGGGCCAGGCGGCCAGCAUGGGUAGCCUGCUGCUGGCCGCUGGCACCAACGGCAUGAGGCACUCUCUGCCCAACUCCAGGAUCAUGCUGCACCAGCCCUCGGGCGGGGCCCAGGGCCAGGCCACAGACAUCGCCAUUCAAGCUGAGGAGAUCCUUAAACUGAAGCGACAGAUCAACACCAUCUACAGUAAACACACUGGCCAGCCACUGGAAACUAUAGAGGGCGUGAUGGAGCGGGACCGUUACAUGAGCCCCAUAGAGGCCCAGGAUUUCGGAAUCAUCGACAGGGUGCUGGUUCACCCCCCUCAGGCUGGCAAGGAUGAGCCAGAACUGGUGCAGAAGGAGCCCCCCACUGCUGCCAGUCCCCCUCCCGCUGCUGAAUCCUCUGCCCCCGCGCAGAGCCUCCCCCGGAGUCCCCCCACCUCCUCCAAACCUGAACCCUGAACCAGAACAUGAAUGGAACCAGCCCUGGAGACUGGAGAACCUUCACUGUCCUCUGAAGAC